GUGGUGACAGGACAUUGAUCCAUGAUCCGAAACCAACAAGCAAUGAUUCUGAUCAUCUCAAAAACUGGAGAUGACUUCGCAUGAAAACAUUGACUGGACAAAACAAGACCAAGCAGCAAUAGAUUCAUCUAUUUCCUUACGCCGUACAUCCUGAUCCACACAGACUGAACACAAUGACUGUAAAAAACAGUGUAUGUGUGUGUUUUCUCCUGCUGGGCCUGAUCCAGCAGAUUCAGGGGUCUCUGGUCAAAACCAAUGCUGUGCUGAAGGUGAAGAGAGGUCAGUCGGUGUUUCUGCAGGAGGAUGAUCUGCAGUUUAAUAUUCCCAGAGCCAAGGAUUCGUGCAAGCUGGAGGUGGUGCUGAAUGAGCCAAUCACACAGCGGGUCGGUUCUCUGACGCCACAGGUUUUUGACUGUCACUUUUUGGCUGAUGAAGUGAAAUACACUCAUAAUGGAUGUCCAAUUUUAAAAGAGGACACUGUUAAACUUCGUCUCUACAGAUUUACAGAGACGGAGACGUACAGCGAGCUCUUCUCUCUCCGUGUUGAAAUCAUGGAGCCCGACUGUAACAUCAUUCAGUUCGGAUCACAGCAUCUGGUGGUGCCUGAGUUUUACGGCCUCUCGAAUGUCCUGGAUGGAAAUGUUGUGUCUUUCAAUUAUGAACACAGACACAAUAUCGAGUGCACAAUUCGGUUGACGGAUCUGGAAACGUAUUUACCUGUUCACGGUCAGCUGGUGACUGGAGAACCAGAGAAAGCAGACGGGCCCAGAGGAGAUGAACCCGACAGCUUUGUUUCUCUUAGGAGACAGCUGGAUAACAAAGCCAGAGCUCACUGUAAGACUGACGACUGUCUGAAGGGUCUCAAACUGCUGAAAAUCACCAAAGUGCCAUGCGAUGAUUUCCUGAUGAUGGGCAUCCGCUACCAGCACACCGAUCCCCCGUCUCCACAUACAGAUUACAUCUCCAUCAGACUGGACCUCACAGACACUCGGAGCAGGAGCAUAGUAAAGUCGGAGCAGGCCUGGAUCCCGGUGACCAUUACAGGCGCUCUGCCCAACCAGCCGCCCAAAGCUGCCUUCAUGUCCAUGUUCAUCCUGGAGGUGGACCAGUUCAUCCUGACUCCUCUCUCCACUGCGACUGUGGAUGCAGAGGAUGACGAGACGCCCAAGCAGAGGCUGGUGUUCAACAUCACUAAACCGCCUAGUGAAGGUUUCAUUACUCACCUGUCGGAUCACACCAAACCAGUAUCCUCCUUCAGCUGGACGGAUCUGAAUGACAUGCUGAUCAGCUUCCAGCCUCCCAACUCCAGCGCCACACACCGCAGGAACUAUGAGGUGGAGUUUGAAGUGCAUGAUUUCUACUUUGAGAAAAGCCAGCCUGUGACGGUUCACGUGUCCAUCAGGACAGCGGAUACCAAUGCCCCAAGAGUCUCCUGGAAUAUGGGUCUCAGUUUGUUGGAAGGUCAGUCUCGUCCAAUCACAUGGGAUCAGUUGCAGAUUGUUGACAACGACAACCUGAAGGCUGUGAAGAUCAUCACUGUGGACGGCCUGCAGCAUGGCAGACUCACUGUUAGAGGUGGAAAAGGCUUCAUGGUCACCGUGAACGAUAUUAAAAGCGGUGUUGUACAUUAUCACCACGAUGACAGCGACACUACUAAAGAUUAUAUAGUCUUCCGGAUCACUGACGGCUUACAUCAAACUAGACACAAGUUUCCCAUCAACAUCCUGCCCAAAGAUGACAGUCCGCCGUUCCUCAUUACCAACAUGCUGCUGGAGCUUUCUGAAGGCCAGACGGCUCUGCUGAGAGGAUCCAUCCUGCAGGCCUGCGACAUGGACUCCAGUGACGACUACAUCAUGUUUAACGUCACCAGAGCUCCACUGGCUGGAGAAAUCAUGAAGAUGCCUGGACCUGGGAUCACCGGAUACCCUGUGAGCCGUUUUCUUCAGAAAGACCUCUUCCAUUCCAUCAUCUAUUAUCGGCACUCAGGCAGUGAGGUGUUUGAUGACUCUUUUGAGGUGGUGCUGUCUGACUUUCAUGACCCUCCUAACCUUUCAGAGCCUCAGGUCAUUGUGAUUCAGAUCCAGCCAGUGCCUGAUCAGCCUCCAAGGGAAGCUCCGGGUGUAUCAAGACAUUUGGUCAUCAAUGAGACUGAUGUCGUCUAUUUGACCAAGCAACAACUGCACUUUGUAGAUUUGGAGUCCCCAGACAGUGAGCUUACAUACACCGUCACCACCCCACCUUUCUACACCACCACCUAUGGAGGGUCUGAUGCAGGAAGGUUGUUUCUGGUUGACAGCAUCCCAAAGUUUAGAAAAGACUCAAACGCGCCGAUGCUGAGACUUUUCACACAGCACGCAGUCAACUACAUGAAAGUGGCUUACAUGCCCCCCAUCCUGGACAUCGGACCGUACCCUCAGCACAUUCAGUUUGUCCUGUCAGUGACCAACCAGGAAGGCAGCACGACCACCGGGAUCUGCUUUAACGUAACAGUUCUGCCAGUGGAUAACCAAGGACCAGAGGUGCGAGUGAAGCUGCUGGCAGUGGAUGAAGGAGGAGAGAUCUGGGUGACUGAAGAGCACAUGCAUCUCUCUGACCCAGAUUCACUGCAGGACUCAAUAAACGUGGAGCUGAAGACUGGACCUCAGCAUGGCAGUGUUUAUCUGGACGGCAGACUCAUGAGUCCAGGCCAGACUUUCACUGUGAGGGAUCUGAAAAGCCUAAAAGUUAGAUAUCGUCACGACAGUUCUGAGACAGAACAUGAUGAAAUUAAAUUCAUUGCUACGGAUGGCACAAAUACUGCUGAUUUCGUAUUACACAUCAAGGUGACGCUGGUCAACGAUGAGGUGCCAGUUUUAGUGGCAGGUCUGAAACCAACGCUGUGGUGUGCAGAGGGUCAAGAAGUGCUCAUUACCAUCGAGUACAUCUGUGCCACAGAUCCAGACAGCGAUGAUCGAUCUCUCAUGUAUAUGAUCGCUCGACAGCCGUAUCAUGGAGUUGUUCAGAGAAACGGCAUCAUUGUGGACCGCUUUAUUCAAGCAGAUCUAAACGCUGGUUUCAUUUCCUACAGACAUACAGGACAAGAGAUUGGGCUUCGUCCACGUCAUGACAUCAUCACGUUUGUGAUCUCUGAUGGAGAAACAGAGCCAAUUUCUCCAUGUUGCAGUGAAAGAGACACAUUAAUCAACACACAAAACUCUCUCCCUGUCUAUGACCUUAAUAUCACCGUUUAUCCUGUCAACAACCAGCCACCAUCUAUUGCUACAGGUGAGGUUUUUAUGGUGGAUGAGGGUGGAUCAGCCUGCAUCACCGUGACCCAUCUGACUGUUGAAGACCAGGACUCUGCGCCCGAGGAUCUCCAGCUCAUCCUGGUUUCUCCUCCACACUUCGGCUACUUAGAAAACAUCCUGCCCAGUCCAGGAUUUGAAAAAAGCAAUGUGGGAAUCAGUAUUGCCUCGUUCACCUACAGGGAUGUGUUGGAUGGACACAUUAACUACGUCCAGUCCAGACACCAGAGGAUGGAGCCCACCACUGACCAGCUCAUGCUGCAGGUGUCUGAUGGGAAACAGCAGUCGUCUUCGGUCCCGCUUUACAUCAUCAUCACUCCAACCAAUGAUGAGAUUCCAGACUUCCAGACACAAAACAUCACGGUGUGUGAAGGAGACAGGACAGAGUUAGACUCGUCUGUAAUCAGUGCGGUGGAUCUGGAUGUUCCACGAGAGCGUCUGAUGUUCAGGAUCAUCCAGAAUCCUCAGCACGGCUCCAUCAUCAAUCUGCCAUACCGAAAUCAAGUCUCACAUUACAAGCGUGGAGCUGAUGAGCCUGUCCAGCAUUUUUCCAUGGACGACCUCAAGAGCGGCAUGACUCUGAUGUAUGUGCACGAUGAUUCUGAGAGUGAGCAGGAUGAAUUCAUCCUUCAGCUCUCUGAUGGGAAACACAAGCUCCAGAAACACGUGCAGGUGAAAAUAUUACCCGUCAAUGACGAGGAGCCUCAAAUCAUACGGAACACUGGGAUUGAGAUGGAGGCUGGAGAGACCAGGCUGAUCUCCAGUGCUGUUCUCACUGCUCAUGAUGAAGAUACUCCUCCUGACCACAUCCUCUAUGUGUUCGAGAGCUUACCGACUCAUGGAGUCAUUCAGAUGAAGGUGGGCUCAGACUGGCUGUCUGUGUCUGCAGGACUGAACUGCUCUCAGCAGGUGCUGGAUAUGAAUCUGUUGCGUUACCUUCACACCGCUCAUCCCGGAGAACCCGCUGCCGAUUUCUUUGUCUUCCAUCUGUUUGAUGGGAAGAACCGCUCUCCUGCUCAGCACUUCCACAUCACAGUCAAACAGCUGGAAAAAGGAGAUAUAGCGCUGUUCCUGAAGCCUGUGCGGGUCAGUCGUGGAGAUCGUGUGGUUUUUACUACAGACGUCCUGCUUGCUGUGGACGGUGCUGACCAGCCGGAGGGGCUGCUCUAUGUGAUCACUGCACCUCCAGCUCAUGGACACGUGGAGCUCAUCAAACACAGCGGAGUGCAGAUUCAGUCCUUCAGUCAGCUGGACGUCGCAGCAAACCUGGUGUGUUACGUCCACGAUAACAGAGCCACGGCACCCAGAGAGAGCCUGCAGUUCAUGGUCAGCAAUGGGAUGUCAACUCGCAACGGGACCCUGGAGAUCCUAGUGGACCAGACGGAUAAAGUUCUGCCCACGCUGGUGCACAACAGUGGCCUGCGGGUUCCUCAGGGCUCCGCGGUUGUUUUAUCCACUGCUGUUUUAUCCUUGUCUGACCCAGACAGUCCAGCGUCUGCCCUGAGAUACAUGCUGAUCCAGACCCCUCAGUAUGGACAGUUGCUCCUGAAGGGGCAGCCGCUGGUCGCUGGUGCUCAUUUCACCCAGCAGGACCUGCAGGAUCUGGACGUCACCUACAGACACUCUGGAGGAGCUUCUCAGAUCGACCGCUUCACUUUCACAGCCUCAGACAGCACAGACAGAGGAUUCAUGCUGGAUGGCAGAGUGCAGACAGAGCCCGUCUUCUUCACACUGCAGAUUGAAGCUCUGGACAGCUCCGCUCCACAGGUGGCAGUGCUGGAAACCCUGUGGAAAGUGGAGCUCCUCAAAGAUGGCCGCUACGGGAUCUUUAUUUCCUCCAGAGAGCUGAAGGCUGAAGAUACAAACACUGCAGAUGCAGAUCUGACCUAUCACAUACUCAGAGCUCCAUACAUCGGCUAUCUGGAGAACCACACCAGUGGUGAGUUUGUGAGGCAGCGUUUCUCUCAGAUGGAUCUGAACAGAAGGAAUAUUCUCUACAUCAUAAACUCAGCUCUGGACGCUUUAUCUGACAGUCUGGAGUUUGCCGUUUCUGAUGCACUGGGUAACACCGGACCCUCUCACAAAUUGAACUUCAGCUGGGCCAGUGUGGAGCUGACCAGCACUGAGUAUACAGUAUGUGAAAGUCACGGCUCAGUUUCACUAACCAUCCAGAGGAAAGGGAACAUGCAGGACUCCUCUUAUGUGACCAUACAGGUGAAAGAGCUAACCGCAUCUGCUGGGAAAGACUUUAUUCCUGCUUCAUCUCUGAUUCAGUUUGACCCAGGGGUGGCGAGUCGAGUUUGGAAAGUGGAGAUUAUUCAGGACUCUUUAGAGGAAGCGGAUGAGAAAUUUGAGGUUAACUUGGCGUCUCCUGUAGCUGCGGUGCUGAAGGACAACUCAAGAGCCACAAUCUCCAUUAAAGACACAAAUGGGCUGUGUGCGGAACGGCGGAUUGGAGCGGGCAGCAGUCUUCAGGGACGUGAGGUUCAUCCAGGAGCGUAUCCUCAACACGGCUCCAUUCAGCUGGAGACUUUACCGCUCUCUCCAGAGGGAAUCAUCAGAGGUGAUGGAGAUACAACAGAUCAAGCUCCUGCUGCUCCCAAGAAAAGACUGAGAGUCACUGGGAACGGGAAAGUUGUUAAGCCUUCUGAAACCAUCCGUCUUGGGUCUGAGCUCAUUUAUAAAUAUCAUGGUUUGGUGUCGAUGGCGGUGGAGGAGGAUGAAUCGGCCUCCAGGACUGACAGACGGGCAGAGGCUCAGGUCAGCAGCAGGGGGCAGCAGCGUCUUCUUUCUGUCCAGACUAAACCACAGCAAACCUCCACACACAUCAGCAGCAGACUCCUGCAGCGCACACACACUCAGGCAUCCUACAAGCGCUGUUCUCCAGAUCUCUCAGGUCUCCUGCAUUAUAACCAGAGCUCUGGUCGACUGUUUCGCUGUGAUGGGGGCUCCUGGAGGCCCUGGACCCCCACUAACGAGACUGUGAAAGCGCAGAAAUGUCCUCAGGGAUGGACGUACCAUAGUAAUAACUGUUAUUUACUGAGCUCAGAGCGUAAAGCGUCAUGGAGCACUGCGGCGCGGGCCUGCAGAGAGAGGUUCAAUGGUCAUCUGGUCAGUGUUCAGUCUAAAGCACACAUGGCCUGGCUGUGGGACUUCAGUCAGAGGAAACCUUUCUGGAUUGGUCUGCAUGAUGGAGAAAGCAGGGGCCGCUGGGAGUGGAUGGAUGGUGAAUCGGUCACUUACACCAACUGGAGACGAAACCCGCCGAAAAACCAGAAGAAGAAGGAGACGAGGAGGUGCGUCCUGGUGUGGAGGAAGAGCCGAUGGCAGAUCCGAGACUGUCAGAGAGGAAAAGGACAUCGCUAUGUGUGUUACACUCAAAUCCACUGACCACAACACUGGGAUGCCUACUACUAAGUGUGCCUCUGUUAUUGUCAAGUGACAUUGCUGGAGGAAUGACUUCCAAAACUUAAGCAAUCUUUAGUUUCGGGUCAGUGGUUCGGAGUGUAUCAAACGUGAUUUCAGUAGACGAAGCUUUUACGCUAACAAUGCUUCAAAACAUUUAGAAAAUUCAGUGUUGGAAAUGUGGAAUACCAUAAAAUCCACUCGGAUCACACAGCUUCAUUCAGAUCGCCCCCUAGUGGCGAAUCACUGAACAGGUUUUGUAGAUUUGACCUGAUCUCGGGUCAGUUUUACCAGUUUGAUGAUGCUUUAACGAGACGUUUGUAACAAUAAUAAUAAUGCUGGUUAAUAGAGAAUAUGAAUGUGUCAUUACAGCGCAGUGCAUUCUGGGUAUUUAUGACAAGGGAGCCUGAUUGACAUUGACUUUGUUGAUUCAUUGUAUUAUAUACGAGCUACACUUGUCAGAAAUAAACCGUAAGUGCUCACACACAACAAAUAACGAAGAAAACCAUAUUUAUUUCAUUUUCUCACGGCAGCUAGUUGAUACCCUGUCACUCCUAGAUAUAUUCAUUCACUCAUUUUCUUUUCGGCGUAGUCCCUUUAUUAAUCCGGGGUCGCCACAGCGGAAUGAACCGCCAACUCAUCCAGCAUGUUUUACACAGCGGAUGCCCUUCCAGCCGCAACCCAUGUCUGGGAAACAUCCAUACACACUCAUUCACAUUCAUACACUACGGACAAUUUAGCCUUUCCAACUCACCUCUACCGCAUGUCUUUGGAAUGUGGGGGAAACCAGAGCAUCCCUACAUGAAUGCAGGGAGAACAUGCAAACUCCACACAGAAACGCUGACUAACCCAGCCGAGGCUUGACCCAGCGACCUUCUUGCUGUGAGGCGACAGCACUACCUACUGCGCCACUGCGUCGACCUCCUAGAUAUGUCCCAGAGCAUUAUGGGAUGAAUAUUUCCAGCUUCUCACACACACACACACACUCAUAAAGCUAUCUAGGUGUUUGUCCAGUUAUUUUUGAGGAUGUUCUGAAAGGUAUAAGUAUAAACUGGGGCUUUAUCUGUGGUGAUUUGCAUUGGUUUACGUUAUGCGCUUUUUGCAUUUGUCCACAAACGUGGCGGAACGCAACUCGCUGAGACGGAGAUUCCCAUUCUGGACAGUCUCUUGUUGGUCGGUUUUGCAGAGCCUACAAUGGAACAAACAACUUUAUACUUCAAUUAUGCUUUCAAUUUAAAAGAUUCGCUGUUUCGAAAUGUUGGAAACACCAUGUUUGGAACCUCUGCAGGUCAAAACUGUGUAAACGCAACAAAAACAAAGCAAAAAAGAUGGAUUAAAUGACAUUUCUAAUCCUUUUUUUUUUGCAAAUGUGCUCAUUUUAAAACUCCUCUAGAGUUAAUUAAUUAGCAUUUUGAGUCUAUUCACAUCUUUGUACACAAAAGCCUUGUCGUUGACCACAGUUGUAAGAGCAGUUAAUAAUAACUUGACUUCUAGUUGAUGAUGUGCAAAGUGGCAGAAGGUGGAUUUUUCAGAUGAAUCAUCUGUUGAGCUGCAUCCCAAUCAUCACAAAUACUGCAGAAGACCAACGGGAACCCAUUUGGAGCCAAGAUUCUCUUAGAAAUCAGUCAAGUUUGUUGAAGGAAAAAUCAUGGUUUGGGGUUACAUUCAGUAUUGGGGCGAGCAAGAGAUCUGAAGAGCGGAUGGCAACAUCAACAGCCUGAGGUAUCAAGACAUUUGUGCUGCCCAUUACAUUACAAACCGCAGGAGAGGGCAAAUUCUUCAGCAGGAUAGCGCUCCUUCUCAUACCUCAGCCUCCACAUCAAAGCUCCUGAAAGCAAAGAAGGUCAAGGUGCUCCAGGAUUGGCCAGCCCAGUCACCAGACAUGAACAUUAUUGAGCAUGUCUGGGGUAAGAUGGAGGAGGAGGCAUUGAAGAUGAAUCUAAAGAAUCUUGAUGAGCUCUGGGAGUCCUGCAAGAACGCUUUCUUUGCUGUUCCAGAUGACUUUAUUAAUCAGUGAUUUGAGUCAUUGCAGAGAUGUAUGGAUGCAGUCCUCCAAACUCAUGAUGGAGUCAGACACGAUAUUCAUUCUGUUUCCACUGCACCAUGACUUUAUAUUCUAUACUGGACAUUAUUUCUGUUAAGUGACAAGACUUUUGUCCAAGCAAAGUCAGACCUUACUGUUCUAAUUAAAUAAUUAAAAAUCAAGGCAUGAUCAUAUUUUACUGUGGUAAAAUAAGCGCAAUCUAGAGGUCUUUGCCCUUUAUAUAAGCCGCUUCUGAUACUAAAUGAUCAACUAGAAGUCAACUUAUUAUUUGUUGUUCCUAAAACUUGAGAAGGUGAUAUGAUUUUUGUCAGGUAGUGUAUAUUGUAUCUUAGUAAAAAAAAUUCAAAGAAGAGUUUUGAUAAUUUAGGUAUUUAAAGCUUGGUCCUUUUGUAGUUACAUCACAUACAAAGACUGACUGAAAACAAAAAAAGCUAUUUUCUUGGCUGAUAUAGGAAUUAUACUCUCAUUCUGGGGAAGAAGGAACGCUUUUUUAUUUUUUCUCUCACAAAUAUGUCCAUAAUUUCAAAAUUUUCACACAAUAUAACUAAAAAGUCAAGCUUUAAAUAUAAAAAUUAAUUAAAACUCUUUGGUCAUUUCUGAGUGAGAUGCUAAUGGUCUAAUCUGAUUCAAUGAUUUAUGCUAAGCUAAAAGUACUCCAGUCAGACCUGGAGAUCGGCUGAAUGGAUUAAAAAAAAUGGUAAAAUUCCACUCUUUAACUCUUCUUAAAGGAAUUUGUAAAUUGUGUGUAUUUGCAAAACAGAAAGAAAGUGGCGUUCCUUGAACGUUUGGUUGAAAAGGCCAACUUUGUUUUGUUUUUGUUGCAUUUACACGGUAUUGACCAGCAGGCGUCACUAGAAUGGUGCUUCGAACACUUUGAAACAGUGAAUGAUUUUGCGAAGGAAUUGGUUCAGUUGUUUUGUUGGUUUCUCCCGUCUGUACUGUAUUGUAGUGUGGUUAGUUUUCUGCUGAUGUUCACAUGACCUGUUCCUGUCAGAUCUUUUCUAAGUCAGAAGACUGUCUUGCGUUACAAUAUAAAUGUAACGUACACUACUCUGUGUUCUCCAUACAUGUAUUUAUUACUUUACUGCAUUUGAUUUGUGUGUUCGACCAGACACAUGACAUUUAAGAACUGUAUUAGAGAUUUUAGUAGUUAUGAUCUUUAUGUUAGUUAUAAUGUUUAUAUGCGUGUGUUUUUCCCCUAAUUCACAAAAUCCUAAUAGGCUACUGGAAAAAUUCUGAUGUGGUGUCUGGAAUUGUGUACGUCUGUAAGAUUCUGUCAUUUUGAUCACUUCUAUAUUAACUGAAUAUGCAUUGUUGAAUAUUCGACUUUGAAGAAAUAAAUACAAGCAUAUUUGGUUCUAAAAUACA